AAGAAAGAAAAAAAAGGUCCUUGAAAUUGAAGUUCCCCACGCCCUAUAAAGAGAGUUACAAAUAGGUUAGGUUUGAUAGGCAUAAUAAUUGAUGAUAAGAAAGAAACAACAUGUGCGAGGAGCGAAGAUGAUGAAGAGAAAGAAUAUCAGAGCCAUGGGAAAAAAAAAAAGAAAAAAAAGAUCGGUGGCUUCUUUCAUUUCUGAUUUCACUGCUAAGUUUUUCCUCCUAUUUUCUUUUCUUUUCGGCAGCUUAAACCUUUUUUAUCCACUUUAUUUUGAGGUUGUUGCAGGAGGCCUGAAAUGUCGACCAAACUCUCUUUUGGGUGUUGAACUUGAAUAUAUGGGACCAUAUAGGCUAAAAAUUGUUGUUUAUGUGCAUUAAAUGACAUAUCUAAGUUUGAUAAUAAUAUCUACCUUGAUUUCUCAUUAAUUAGAAGAAGAAAACAAAUAUGAGUUGGAGGAAGUGAGUGAGUUUGAUGGGAUUCUCAAGAGCUAAUUUGAUGUCUCAUCUCUUCUAGCUAGCCUCCCUUAAUUUUACACCCACUAAAUGGGUAUUUAGAAAAAGAAUAGUACUACUACUACUACUAGUUUUAAUUUUUAAUCUAGAGGCUAUUCCAGUUCCAUUGCUCUAUACAUAUCUGUAAGAUGUGUAACCUACUAUAUAUAAGCUUGUUCAUUUAAAGAGAAAUCUGCCUGUUCUGGAUAGAGGAAAUAUCACAGAGUUCAAUGUAUACUUUUAGCCGGUAAUAUAUAUGUUCAAUUUGUUAAAUGAAAUCGUUAUGUCACACUUUAGAAAAACUCAGUUUCAUCCAUUCUUAAAAUUCAAAAAAGACUGUUAGUACCUUCCUCUUGUGCAUUAAAAAGUGUAAUUUUUUACUAUUAAUCAGAUCUUUCGACAAUGAAUAGAAAAAUGGGGGAAAAAACAUAAUGGGUCAGAUCCAAAACAUUGUUCUUCGUAGCAUAUGUUUGAAAAAUGGAAGUGGAGGAAAUAAAAAGCUCAAUAAGUUUGAAAAAUGAAAGUGAUUUUGAUGUUUUAUUUCGACCAUAAAAUUUCAUGGAAAAUCUAACCCUAAAAUAUAAAAAACCAUACGACGGGUAUGAGAAUUUGUUUGCAAGUAAAAUGGAUAGCCCAUUGUUCGGCCACAAAAACUAGAUAGCCAUGACGAAUGUAAGCAUGGCCCAAAGCAUUGGGCUUUCCCUAGAUAAAUUCAUGACCCAAACAAAAUAAUGGGUCAGAUCAGGAGCCUGUUCAAACCGAUUAUUCCCAAACGGAACAAAUUUCAGUUCCCAUCUCUCUGAUUCGUAUUCGCCUCUGCAAAUUUGCAGUUGAAAUCCAGCCUUUUCACCGUCAAGUCUAUUGUAGCGAAAAAACCCAUAAAAAAAAGUUUAGCUUUCUUUCUUGUUCUGGUUAAUGGAAUACCGGUGUGUCCAGUGCGGGUUUCUGGUCAAAAGCCUAUUCGUUCAAUACUCUCCGGGAAACAUUCGAUUGAUGAAAUGCGAGAAUUGUAAAGCAGUUGCUGAUGAGUAUAUUGAAUGUGAGCUCAUGAUUGUUUUGAUUGAUUUAAUCUUGCACAAGCCGAAAGCAUACAGGCAUCUAAUUUACAAUGUGCUCAGCCAACAAAGUGUCCAUUUUCAGGGUCUAUUGUGGAAGUCAUUAUUUGGUUUUCUUGUUAUGGAUGCUUACAGAAGUUUGUUUGUCAAAAGACCUGAGGAAGAAUGGGGCAUGUCCAUGAGCAUUUUUUCAUUUUUUUGGAUAUAUCGAAAGAUGUUGGUGGACGUAAUUCUUGGAAACUUUUUGUUUCUAUGUUCUUUUCUUCUUGCAAUCAGGAACGUGCUGAAGACAUCAGCUCGAUUCACUAGGUUCAGAGAUCUGUUGCUUGCUGUUCUAAUUUCAAGUUACUUCAAGAUUUUUCUCGCUGCCACGAUGGUCUGGGAAUUUCCACCUUCAGUGAUUUACAUCAUUGAUUUAUUUGUUUUAUCAUCUAAUACAGUGGCAUUAAAAGUGAUAACGGAGUCCACUGUGAAUCGAUGUGUAGGGGCCUGCUUGAUUGCGCAUGCUGUAAAAUUUUGUACAACACAGGUUUUUUACUUUAUUGGUGCUUGAUGGAUGUGUGGAUGUAAACAUCGAGUGCUCAAAUUCCUGGUCUAGAGAUUGAUACUCUUUCACCAUUACUUGGACCUAAAAAUCAA